AUUUUUGUAUCUGUUAAUUCAAUUUUUAAUCGUCCACAUAAAAAAAAAUGGUAAAAAAAUUGUCAAUUUAUUCGUAUUUAAAUUUGUCGAGUAUUGUUUGGUAAUUUCCAUUAUUUGCAUCAAAUUCUAUAUUCUGUUAAAACAUAAUAAGUACGUUGGUAGGUACUAGUGUCAAAAGAGUGAAUUAAAUACAAAAUGAAACAUUUUAUUAGAUGUUUUAGAAGUUAUUCUACAAAACCUGAUCUUCCACCAUGCAAUUUUACUCCCAAAAAAUACAAGGGACUCUCCUAUGACGAAAUGACAAAAAUAAGAAAAAACAAUGUAAACCCUGCGUUAACGACAUAUUACAAAAAGCCACUUGCUUUACAUCAAGGCUACAAACAAUGGUUAUUCGAUAUUAAUGGAAGAAGGUAUUUGGACAUGUUUGCUGGAGUUUGUACAGUAUCUGUUGGACACGCCCAUCCCAAAAUAACCCAAGCAGUAACGGAACAAAUGGAUACAUUAGGCCAUUCAACAAAUAUUUAUUACCACACAAAAUUGCACGAAUAUGCAAAAAAAUUAGCAGAAAAAUUACCUGAUAAAUUAGAGUGUAUCUACUUCGUAUGCAGUGGUAGCGAAGCCAAUGAUUUAGCAUUACUGAUGGCCAGAUCAUAUACGAAUAAAUUCGAUGUAAUCUCUUUGAAAAAUUGUUACCAUGGAAUGACCUACCAAAUGAUGGGAAUGACUUCCAAUAAUUACUACAAAUAUCCCGUUCCAGGAGCUGCGGGAUUCUUCAAAACAACAAACCCAGAUGUCUAUAAUGGAAUAUGGGGUGGAAAAAAUUGUCGCGAUAGUCCAGUGCAGACUGAUAGACCCUGUAGUUGUGGAAGCGAGUGCGAAGCAGGUUUAAGAUAUCUACAGCAGUUUGAAUGCGAAUUACGUCACGACAUUCCGAAAGGUGGAUUAGCAGCAUUUUGGGCAGAAUCUAUUCAAGGAGUUGGCGGAACCAUUCAGUAUCCAAAAAAUUAUAUUAAAGGCAUUUAUCAGAGGGUUAAAGAUCAAGGAGGACUCUAUGUUGCCGAUGAGGUUCAAACUGGAUUUGGUAGAACAGGAGAUUACUUUUGGGGUUUCGAGUCACACGGCAUAGUUCCAGAUAUUGUUACAAUGGCUAAAGGUAUUGGCAAUGGCUAUCCUUUAGCAGCAGUUGCAACUACAAAGGAAAUAGCCACUGGAUUGGCCAAAGCAGGUCAUUUUAAUACUUUUGGAGGGAAUCCUGUAGCUUGUACCACAGGUCUAUCAGUCUUAGAGAUUAUUGAAGAAGAAAAACUUCAAGAAAACUGCAAAACUGUUGGUACACAUUUAUUGCUGGAAUUAGAAAAAUUAAAAUCAAAGUUUCCUGUAAUUGGUGAUGUUCGAGGAAAAGGAUUGAUGAUAGGAGUCGAAUUGGUCGAAGAUCCUAAAACAAGAGUAGCUUUAAGUACAGAAAAAGUUCUGAAAUUUUGGGAAAAAUGUUUAGACAUGGGUUUAAUUGUAGGAAAAGGAGGUAUAUCUGGAAACGUAAUAAGAAUUAAACCACCAAUGUGUAUAACAAAAGAAGAUGCAGAUUUUACUGUUAAAGUAUUCGAAGUUGCUCUAGAAGAUAUAUAAAUAUUGUAUUUAUUUUUCUUCUUAUUUUACAAAUUAAUAACAAUAUAUUUUAUAAAUGUUUCUUAUAAAAUUAAUAAAACAUAUAUCAGCGAUUAUAUA